CAACUUAUGUUCACAUGCAGAGUAAACUGAAUCAACUCUCUCCUCAUACAUGUCAUUGGUUAACACAGUGUGCAAUUUGGGCGUUGCCUGCUCAUUGUUGUUAUCGUGGCUGAACAAUGUAUAACUAGGGUGUUGCCCAACCACUGGGGCAAAGGGAAGAAACAGAAUCUGCUUAGCCAGAAGAGAAGCAGGCAAUGGAUCCCAAAUACCAGCGUGUGGAGCUAAACGAUGGCCACUCCAUUCCUGUGCUGGGAUUUGGCACCUAUGCACCUCCAGAGGUCCCUAAAAGUAGGACCGUGGAGGCCACCAAAUAUGCGAUAGAAGCUGGGUUCCGCCAUAUCGAUGCUGCUUAUUUAUAUGAAAACGAAGAGCAGGUUGGGCUGGCCAUCCGCAGCAAGAUUGCAGACGGCUCUGUGAAGAGAGAGGACAUCUUCUACACAUCAAAGCUUUGGUCUACUUUCCAUCGACCAGAGUUGGUCCGGCCAGCCUUGGAAAGGUCCCUGAAAAAACUUCAGUUGGACUAUGUUGACCUGUACCUUAUCCAUUCUCCAGUGUCUUUCAAGCCAGCUGAGGAGCUUAUCCCAAAAGGUGAAGACGGAAAACCAUUAUAUGACACAGUGGAUCUCCGUGCCACGUGGGAGGCCCUGGAGAAGUGUAAGGACGCAGGAUUGGCCAAGUCCAUCGGGGUGUCCAACUUUAACCGCAGGCAGCUGGAGAUGAUCCUGAACAAGCCAGGGCUCAAGUACAAGCCCGUCUGCAACCAGGUGGAAUGUCAUCCUUAUCUCAACCAGAGCAAACUGCUGGAUUUCUGCAAGUCGAAAGACAUUGUUCUGGUUGCCUACAGUGCUCUGGGAACCCAACGAGAUAAACGAUGGGUGGACCCAAGCUCCCCAGUUCUCCUGGAAGACCCAGCUUGUGCCCUGGCCAAAAAGCACAAGCGAACUCCAGCCCUGGUCGCCCUGCGCUACCAGCUGCAGCGUGGGGUUGUGGUCCUGGCCAAGAGCUUCAAUGAGCAGCGCAUCAGAGAGAACAUGCAGGUUUUCGAAUUCGAGUUGACUGCAGAGGACAUGAAAGUCCUAGAUGGCUUAAACAGAAAUCUACGCUAUUUCAACUCAGAUAUGGGACCGUCAGCUUCCACCUGGGGCUCUGGGAGCCCCAAGUUACCAGCGAAGUCCAACUGCCUGCUGGAGGGCCCCUGGGACCGUGUGGAGAAGGAGCCCAGCCCUCCCUCCGAGCUCUGUAUUCCUCGGAGAAACCCCACUCACCAUGGAAAAGUGUCCUGAAAAAGCCUAUUGGUGCAAGUCAUUCUGUGCCUACAUCUGAGUCAUUCUGAACAGGACGUUUCCUUACCAGGUAAACCUGUGAAAUUGGGUUACACUCUUUCCUAUACUCCCAAAAUCCACUCAUAUGAAUUGUAAGGGGUUCUGGGUGCCAUAGACAAUUUAACUUAAGCUGAACAAACAUUUAUAGAACAUUUUAAAGUUGACAACUCACCCCUAAAAAUAUCUCAAUCAGUAAAAGCAUGUUCUCUAGCAUCUAAAUCUUAAUCCUUUUUCUUUAAAAU